UUAUGAUAGCUUUUAACUUGUUGUGAGACUGAGAGCUAAUUUCUGAUCCGAUUCGUCAGAAAACUAACGAGCGUCCCUUCCUUCCUCCUCUUCCAUUCAUAUAUCUUCCAGCACAGCACUGCACCGCGUCUUCAUAUUUGAAACUUGAAAUACUACUGUGGCCUCUCCUGAUAUAAUAGGAAUGUUGUUAUACUUAUAUAUGUAUUAAUGUUGUAGAAAAUCAGCAGUACAGCUAGCUACCAACAAGAAAUUAAGAAGAAGAGAUGAUGCCAUCGGAUUCCGUGGUAGCCCGCAAGGGUCGGCAGAGGCAGCGCUAUCACAAUAAUCUCCGCCUUGUUUCAGGAUGUAUUCCUUACCGGCUUACAAAUGCAAAGGACGCGGAAGAUUGCGGCUGCGGAAAUGUGCGGGAAAACAUGAGGAGGAUACAAGUUCUUAUGGUUUCUUCUCCAAAUCGCGACGAUCUCGUUUUUCCAAAAGGUGGAUGGGAAGACGACGAGACUCGUGAAGAGGCUGCUUGCCGUGAAGCUCUAGAGGAAGCGGGGGUCAGAGGAAUUAUUAAAGAAAUUCCUUUAGGAGAUUGGGAGUUCAGAAGCAAAAGCAAACAGAAGAUGAUUUGCAGCCCUCAGGCUCAGGAAGGAGUUUGCAAGGGCUAUAUGUUUGCAUUAGAGGUAACCGAGGUGCUCGACACUUGGCCCGAGCAACAAAACCGCGAUAGAAGAUGGCUAAACAUAAAGGAGGCAUUUGAACUAUGCCGGUAUGAAUGGAUGCGCGAGGCACUAGAGGCGUUUCUGAGAGUUAUGGAGGCAGAUGAAAUGAGAAAGGCCGAUUUGACGACAGAAGAUGAGAAGAAGAUAGCAGGGAUGCCCAUGCCGGAUGAGGUUGUGGAAGAAUGUCAAGAAAUUAACAAAUCAUCUUCAAACUCAAGUACUAGUUGUACUAGUACUAGUCACCACCCGGCUGUCGUAAAUCAUAUCACUACUUCAUUCACUAGUUGGCAUAGUAAAUGUAAUAUAUAUAUUGCCUCUCAAGAGGGUGGCUGCUGAUCUGAGUUAUAUGUAUAUGUAUAUAUUCUCAGCUUUUGGAACUUUUGACUGUUGGGGACUUGACUUGCAUUCCAUUCCAUUCCAUUCCAUUUGCAUGCUCUUAAAGUUAUUAUUGCCUUAAUU